AUGAUUUCUGCAACUGAGCUCAAAUCCGUUGAUCUUUACAGGUUGGAAUCUCUCUGUUCUUCCUUUCUGUUUCAAUUGACUAGCGAACGUGCAGAAGCAGAAUCCUUGUUUUCUGUUACAGAGUUGGAAUUUGUUGUGCUCACUGUUAAGCUCUUUGAACCAUGUUAUUUGGCUGUUAGCGCCUCCACAUCUGUGAUUGUUUACAAGAGCUCUGAUCAUUACUAUUUACGUAAUUUCAAUAACAGUUUUCUUGAAGCCUCACAAGGGUUUGCAUCAAAUGAUGUGAGUGACGUGAUGGAAACAGAAAGAAUCAAUAUAGCAAAAACAGUUCUUGAUUCAAAUUCAAGACCGACUGGCACUGAGUUUCGUUCAGGUACGGUUACAAAUGCUGUAAAGCAUGAUGAUGAAGUAGAUGGAGAAUCUGAUGAAGGCUCAUUUUCACUCACAACACUUAAUUUUGAUAAUUAUGUUAAUCAGUUCCCAAUUACAGUUGUAAAUUUCUAUGUACCUUGGUGUUUCUGGUCUCAGCGUUUGAAACCUGCUUGGGAGAAAACAGCUAAAAUUAUGAAGCACAGGUAUGACCCAGAAAUCGAUGGGCGCAUUAUUUUGGCAAAGGUGGAUUGCACUCUAGAGGCAGAUUUAUGCAGGAGGUAUUAA